GGGGGGCCGGGCUCCGCGCCCCGCUGACAUCACCGUCCCGCCGGCCGCCUUUUAGCUCAAGGUCGGGGUCCCCGCGGGGCAGUGCGCUGGUCCCUCGCCGAGCAUCGCCCUCGCUCCGUCCGCAGCCGCUUGUCUCGCAGCACCGCAGCCAUGGCAAACAAGGGGCCAGCCUAUGGCAUGAGCAGGGAUGUGCAGUCCAAGAUCGAGAAGAAGUACGAUGAUGAGCUGGAGGACCGGCUGGUGGAGUGGAUCGUGGCGCAGUGCGGGGCCGCCGUGGGACGUCCCGAGCGGGGCCGCCUGGGCUUCCAGGUCUGGCUGAAGAACGGCAUCGUGCUCAGCAGGCUGGUGAACAGCCUCUACCCUGAUGGCUCCAAGCCCGUCAAGAUCCCCGACGCGCCGCCCACCAUGGUGUUCAAGCAGAUGGAGCAGAUUGCCCAGUUCCUGAAGGCGGCCGAGGACUACGGUGUGGUCAAGACAGACAUAUUCCAGACCGUGGACCUGUUUGAAGCCAAGGACAUGGCAGCGGUGCAGAGGACGCUGAUGGCCCUGGGGAGCCUGGCAGUCACCAAGAACGACGGGAACUACCACGGGGACCCCAACUGGUUCAUGAAGAAAGCGCAGGAGCACAAGCGGGAGUUCACCGAGAGCCAGCUGAAGGAGGGCAAGAACAUCAUCGGGCUACAGAUGGGCACCAACAAGGGAGCGUCACAGGCGGGGAUGAGCUACGGCCGGCCCCGGCAGAUCAUCAGCUAGGCACGGCCCCGCCGCCCCCAGCCCUCCCCAGCCGGGACCUCCGUCUCUGCUCCCCCCGGCCCAGCGCCGCCGCCAAUCCAUUGGUAUUUAUUGAGGAGCAUCCGCCCGCCAGCCCCAUCGCCCCGCCAGCGGCCGCAGCCCCCAGCGCCGUGCUCCGGACAGCCCCUGUCCCCGGACAGCCCCUGUCCCUGGAUAGCCCCUGUCCCUGGGCAUCCCCUGUCCCUGGGCAUUCCCUGUCCCCCGACAUCCCCUGUCCCCCGGACAUCCCCUGUCCCCCCAGACAGCCCCUGUCCCUGGAUAGCCCCUGUCCCCGGGCAUCCCCUGUCCCCUGACAGCCCCUAUCCCCCGACAUCCCCUGUCCCCGGGCAUCCCCUGUCCCCUGACAGCCCCUAUCCCCCGACAUCCCCUGUCCCCGGGCAUCCCCUGUCCCCUGACAGCCCCUGUCCCCCGACAUCCCCUGUCCCCGGGCAUCCCCUGUCCCCUGACAGCCCCUGUCCCCGGACAGCCCCUGUCCCUGGGCAUCCCCUGUCCCUGGGCAUUCCCUGUCCCCCGACAGCCCCUGUCCCCUGACAGCCCCUGUCCCCAGACAGCCCCUGUCCCCCGGCCUCGCACCCCCGCUGCCAGCCGGUCCUGCCCCGCCGGUCCUGCCUCACUGCCGCAGAGAUCCCUGCCAACGGGGAGAAGAGAGAAUUGGCCUCGGUUUUGUACUUCGUUUUUGUCAAAAUUAAAAGGUUAUAUUCAUCUA